UCAGCUUCAGCUUUAUAUGCGGCGUGAUGGCAACGGAUUGAGCCAAGGUGGGUGAAGCCACGAAGAAAGGAACCAUGUUCCAAGAAAUCCCACAAAACACCCUCGAAAAAGCAGAUUUCCAACUGAUACCAUACAGCGCUCAAAAUGGAUCAGGGCUGUUAAUCGUGUGGACCCCAGAAGCAAAAAGAUUUGGAUCCCAGGACCAGGUGCUAUACUGUGUUCCAAACAUUUUCAAGAAAGUGACUUUGAGUCAUAUGGCAUGAGAAGAAAGUUGAAGAAAGGAGCUGUGCCUUCUGUUUCUCUAUACAAGGUCCCUCAAGCUGCACACCUGAAAGGUAAAGCAAGACAGAAAAUUUUAAGACAGCCACUUCCAGAUAAUUCUGACGAGGUUACUACUGAGGACCAUAACUAUAGUUUAAGGAGACCCUUGACGGUAGGUGCAGAAAGACUGGCCGAAGUGCAGCAGAUGUUACAGGUGUCCAAAAAAAGACUUAUUUCUGUCAAAAACUACAGGAUGAUAAAGAAGAGAAAGGGUUUGCAAUUAAUUGAUGCACUUGUAGAAGAGAAACUACUUUCUGAAGAAACAGAGUGUCUGCUACGAGCACAGUUUUCAGAUUUUAAGUGGGAGUUGUAUAACUGGAGUGAAACAGCCGAGUACUCCACAGAAAUGAAACAAUUUGCAGGUACACUCUACUUGUGCAGUAGCAAAGUCUACGAUUACGUAAGAAAGAUUCUUAAACUACCUCAUUCUUCCAUCCUCAGAACUUGGUUAUCCAAGUGCAAACCCAGUCCAGGUUUCAACAGCAACGUUUUUUCUUUUCUUCAACAAAGAGUAGAGAAUGGAUACCAAAUGUAUCAGUAUUGUUCACUGAUAAUAAAGGGUAUCUCCCUUAAGCAACAACUUCAGUGGGACCCCAUCAGUCACCAUUUGCAAGGAUUUAUGGACUUUGGUCUUGGCAAACUUGAUGCUGAUGAAACACCCCUUGCCUCAGAAACUGUUCUGUUAAUGGCAGUGGGUAUUUUUGGUCACUGGAGAACACCUCUUGGUUAUUUUUUUGUAAACAGGGCAUCUGGCUAUUUGCAGGCUCAGCUGCUUCGUCUGACUAUCGGCAAACUGAGUGACAUAGGCAUCACAGUGCUGGCUGUUACAUCUGAUGCUACAGCUCACAGUGUUCAGAUGGCAAAAGCAUUGGGGAUACAUAUCGAUGGAGACAACAUCAAGUGUACAUUUCAACAUCCUUCAUCAUCUGGUCAACAGAUUGCAUACUUUUUUGAUUCUUGCCACUUGCUUAGAUUAAUAAGAAACGCGUUUCAGCAUUUUCAGAGUAUCCAGUUCAUUAAUGGCACAGCACAUUGGCAGCACCUUGUGGACUUAGUAGCACUAGAGGAACAGGAAUUAUCAAGUAUGGAAAGAAUACCAAGUGCACUUCCAAAUUUGAAAAAUCAUGUACUAAAAAUGAAUUGUGCUGCCCAAAUCUUCAGUGAGAGUGUAGCCAGCGCGUUAGAAUGUUUGCUGUCGAUAGGCUUGCCUCCUUUUCAGAACUGUAUUGGUACCAUCCAUUUUUUACGCUUAAUUAACAAUCUGUUUGAUGUUUUUAAUAGUAGAAACCGUUACGGAAAGGAACUUAAGGGACCGUUACUGCCUGAAACUUACAGUAAGAUAAAUCACGUGUUAAUUGAGGCCAAGACUAUUUUUGUUACUUUAUCUGAUACUAACAAUAAUCAAAUAAUAAAAGGUAAGCGAAAAUUAGGAUUCCUGGGAUUUUUGCUUAAUGCUGAGAGCUUAAAAUGGCUCUACCAAAGUUAUGUUUUCACAAAGGUCAUGCCUUUUCCAUAUCUUCUGACUUACAAAUUCAGUCAGGAUCAUCUGGAAUUAUUUCUAAGGGUGCUUAAACAGGUAUUAGUAACCAGUUCGAGCCCUACCUGCAUGGCAUUCCAGAAAGCUUACCAUCAUUUGGAGACCAGAUACAGAUUUCAAGAUGAAGUUUUCCAAAAUGAAGUAAGCAUCCUCGACAUUUCAAUUGCCCGGAGGACAGACUUGGCCCUUUGGACAGUUCAGCAUCAGUAUGGUGGCAGCGUUAUAAAUGCUCUUUUUCAGAAGGAGGACAUUAGCCAAGACUGGUCGAGUUGUUCACUGAGUGAGGCACUACUAGACCUGUCAGAUCACAGGCGAAAUCUCACCUAUUGUGCUGGCUAUAUUGCUAAUAAGUUAUCGGCUCUUUUAACCUGUGAGGAUUGUAUUGCGGCACUGUAUGCAUCAGAUGCCAAAGCCUUUAAAAUUGGAUCACUGUUAUGUGUUAAGAAGAGGGAUGGUUUGCAUUUUCCUUCAGAAAGUCUGUGUCGGGUCAUAGAUAUUUGUGAGCGAGUUCUAAGAACCCAUUCAAGAAUAGCAGUUUAUGAAAUAGUUCCUAAAAUGAGGGACUUGUAUCUUCAGCAGAAGAUAUUAUGUGAGCUUUCUGGGCAUAUUUAUCUUUUUGUAGAUUUAGAUGAGCAUCUCUUUGAUGGAGAAGUGUUUGCCAUCAACCACUUUGUAAAGUUGCUAAAGGAUAUAAUAAUUUGUUUCUUAAGUAUCAGAGCUAAAGCCAUACCUCAGCAUCCUUUAAAACACCACUCAGAAAGAAUUGAAAUGAAAACUUUAUCAAAGGAACACUUGUCAUCUUUUCAAGAUUACAAAUACUCAAGUUUUACCAAAACCAAUAAAUUCAGGCAUUUGCCAAGUAACAAUGGUUAUCCAUUCAAAUGAGAGUCCUAAAAUAUAUUAAAAAAUUUUUAUUAAGAGUAAUUGGUCAACAUGGUUUCAUUUUUAAAAGUUCAUCUUACCAUUAUUUUAUAAACUGACCACUGUGCAGGUGGCAAGUUUGUGAUUCUGUCUCAUUAGAAUUUCUUAAUUAUGCAUCUCAUAAAAUCUGCCCAUACUUUGGUAUGGCUUACAGCAUUUUAGAGUUACCCAUUGAAGAAAGCGUUAAGUCAGUAGGAGCAGACUAUAUGCAACAGGUGCUAUCUUUGAAUUCACUACUCUAAGACUGAGUAGUAUGACUGGACCUACUUUUAACUUAGUCUACUUUAAAAACCAGGGAGAAUAACAGUAACUAAGAGUGGCCAAAAUAUCUACUUCUUUUAUAAAUAUGUUGUACACACUAAAAGAGCUUUGAUUCAUGGGUCUUAAGAAUUUUGACUGAACACCUAUAAAACCUUGAAUAUAUUUUUUACUUAAAUAUAAAAAUUAAGUUCUGGUUUUAAAAUUCAGCUAGAGCAAAAUAUGAAAUGCCACAAAAAUCUCCUUACCAGUACCCCAAAAUACAGAAGCAAUCAAACUUUGUCAGGCCCAAAGUAAGCACAUGAGCCAUCAGAUGGUUCCCUGUGCUGCAGGCAAGCUGGGGAAAGCAUUCUGGGAAGGACAUAGGUGACAUAUGAUUUUCAUAAUCCAUCAUCCUUGAACUUUGAAAAUAUUGUUUUCAGUAAUAGGGUUGAUACUCACUUUACUCCUGUUGGAAAAGCUCAGUGCUCUUUAGAGAAUGGGGAGAAGCCUUUAUUUCAUCUUCUGCUUUUGCUUGCAGGGAGGCUAAAAUAACGAAGCAUUUUCAAUACUGAAUGAAUAAUGGGACUUCAUAGCAUGUGUUAAACUGGAAAGAGAUAGUCAAUGAAGGCAAUGGAUAUAAAAUUUUUUUCUUAAUUAUAUAAUGGGUUUUCCAUAAAUUUAGGAGAAGCUUAAAUAAUAAAAGAUGGAAACAGUUUUCUCCAUUCUCUCACCCAGAUCUGAAAAGAUAAAUAGAAAAAUAUAUAGGUGCAUGUACUUUCACAAAUAAGGGUACUUUAAUGGAUAAAAGAAAGAACGGCACAUUAUUCACCUGUGUAUAUAAAACAUCUACUCUGUCCCUGAAGGACUUCACAAAGUACACUUAAUCCUAAUGUGAAAUCUUAAAAUUGCAAAAGAUUAAUGAUUAGGUAAAAAUUGAGAUUUAUCAUCAGAAUUCCCCUUAAAAAGUAUAUAUUGGUAUUCUCUUUAUUCUACCUCAAAUCAAGGCUUAAGCUUUGAAAUGUAACCCCUGGUGUAGUGCAUUUUAUAUAAGAGCUAUUCCUGAGAUGUCUGAAUAUUGCUUUUUGUUUGCAGAUAGAAUGAACUUAGAUGUACCAGGAUAAAUCUUAUUUAAAGGAAGCCUGUUUGUAAAAAUCCCCCUUAAUUUAUUGUUUAUAUAAAUCCAAACUUUGUAACUAAUAUGUAUUUAAAACUAGGUAAGUAUCUGUGGUGUCUGUCUUUGAUGUUAUAUUAGACUAAUGUACUAAUAGUAUUCUGUAUUUUCAGAAAUUAGUGUUUGCAUUAUUUCAGUGCUGGAUAAAAUGGAGCAUACAAAUGUUGAAUAUUUCUAUCACUGCCUUUAGCACAAUUAAGUAUUCUUACCCUUGUGAAAGGGUCCCAAGUUUGAUAUCAUGUUUACUUGAUAUGAUAUGCUUUAUAAUGAAAGAAUUUUUCUAUAAAUUAUUCAUAUUUGAUUAGGGCAAUUCAGCUAUGAUUUCUACUUUGCAUUUUUCUUUGCUCUUUUCAGAGGAAGCAGACAUUCCCCCCGAAAUGUAUUCAUCCUACUUUUCAACAAAUGGUGCUAGGACAACUGGAUAGCCAUAUGCAAAAGAAUGAAGUUGGACCCCUACCUUACACCACAUAUAAUUAUCUCAAAAUAGAUCAAAGACAUAAGUGUAAACACUAAAACUAUAAAACUCUUAGAAGAAAACAGUAAAUCUUCGUGACUUAAAUUACAUAAUACUUUCUUAGAUAUGACAAAAGAAAACAGAUAAAUUGGACUUCCUGAAAAUUAAAAAUUGUUGCACUUCAAAGGACACUAUCAAAAAAAAGACAACCCACCCACAAAAAACGAGAAAAUUUUACAAAUCAUAUAUCUGACAAGGGACUUGUAUCUAGAACAUAACAAGAAUUUCUGUAACUUCCUGAGGGACUGAAUUACUGAGCUGAGGGCUGGGGACCAUGGUCUCGGGGAACAUAUGGCUCAACUGGCGAAACACAGUUUGUAAAGACAAUUUCUACAUGCUACUUUGGUGAGCAGCGUCUGGGGUCUUAAAAGCCUGUGAGCUGCCAUCUGAGAUACUCCACUGGUCCCACUCCACCUGGAGCAAGGCAGAAUGAAGAAGACCACAGAUAGAAGGGAAAGAUUAGUCCAAAGGACUAAUGGACCACAACUACCACAGCCUCCACCAGACUGAGUACAGCACAACUAGAUGGUGCCCAGCUACCACCACUGACUGCUCUGACAGGGAUCAUAAUAGAGGGUCCUGGACAGAGCUGGAAAAAAACGUAGAACAAAAUUCUAACUCACCAAAAAAAACAGACCUACUGGUCUGACAGAGACUGGAGAAACUCUGAGAGUAUGGCCCCUGGACACCUUUUUAACUCAGUACUGAAGUCACUUCUGAGGUCCACCCUUUAGCCAAAGAUUAGACAGGGCAGUAAAACAAAACGAGACUAAAUGGGCACACCAGUCCAGGGGCAAGGACAAGGCAGGAAAGGACAGGAAAGCUGGUAAUGGGGAACCCAAUGUCGAGGAGGAGAGAAUGUUGACGUGGGGUUGGCAACCACAACUAAUUUGCUCUGUAAACCUUCAUCUAAAGCACACACACAAAAAAUCCAUGUAACUCAAUAAUAAAAAGACAAAACGAUUAAAAAAUGGGCAAAGGAUCUGAAUAGACAUUUCUAAGAUUACAAAUGGCCAAUAAACAUGUUUAUGUUCAACAUCAUCAGCCAUCAUCAUAGUAACCCUACAGGACAGAGUAGAAGUGCCCCUUAGGGCUUCCAAGGAGUGGCUGAUAGAUGGCAACUGCUGACCUUUUGAUUAGCACUGAGCUCUUAACCACUGUGCCACCAGGGCUCCGAGCCAUCAAGGAAAUGCAAAUCAAAAUCACAAUGAGAUACCACUUCACACUUACAAGAAUGGAUAUAAUUUUUAAAAAAGGAAAAAAAUGUCAAGAAUGUGGAGAAAUUGGAACUCCCGAACACUGCUAGUAGGAAUGUAAAAUGGUGCAGAUACUUUGGAAAACAGCCAGGCAGUUCCUCAAAAUAUUAAACAUAGAGUUGCAGCAUUAUUCGUAAUAGCCAAAAAGUGGAAAAAACCCAAAUGUCCAUCAACUGAUGAAUGGAUAAAUAAAAUGUGGUAUACCCAGAUAAUCGAGUCAUAUGGUAGGUAUAUGUUUGAGUUUAUAACUGCCAAACUGUCCAAAGUGACUACCAUUUUGCAUUCCAACCAGCAAUGUAUGAAAGUUCCAGUUGUCCUACUUCUUCCUCAACAGUUAGUAUUUUUAGGUCUUGAAAUCCGGUGGGAGUCCUCCAACUUUGUUCUCUAAAAAAAAUUUGGCUAUUGUAGUUGUUUUACCUUUUCAUAUAAAUUUUUAAAUAGCUUGCUGGGAUUUCAUUUAGAUUGUGCUCGAUCUAUAUAUAGAUCAAUGUGAGGAAAGCUGCAUCUUAAUAGUGAGGUUUCUAAUUCAUGGACAUAUACCUCUCCAUUCUUUCAGGUUGUCUUUGAAUUUUUUUUUUCCCCAUCAGUGUUUUGUACUUUUAGCAUACAGACCUUGUAUACAUUUUUGUUAGAUUUCAUGUUUUUUGGUGCUAUUGUAAAUGGUAAUUUAAAAUUUUUUCAGUUUCUAAAUGUUUAUUGCUAGUAUGGGAAAACAGAAUUGGUUUUUUGCAUACUAAUCGUGCUAAACUCACUUAUUAGUUCUAAUAGCUGUUCUUAGAUUCUUUGGUUUUUCUACAUAGGCGAGCAUAUCAUCUGCAAAUAGAGAUAGUUUUAUUAAUUUCCAGUCUAUGGGCCUCCCUGUUGCCUUAUUGAACUGUUUCAGAACUCCAAUAUAUCCUUGAUUGCAGGUGGUGAGAGACUUCCUUGCCUUGUUCCCAAUCUUAAGGGGAAAGCACUCUUUCACCAAAGAAGCUGUAGGCUUUUUUGUAGACGCUCUUUAUCAGGUUAACAAUCCCUUCUAUUCUUAAAGUUGCUGAGAGUUAAAAAAAAUUUUUUUUUAAUCAUAAAUGGGUGUCAUAUUUUGUCAGGUAUUUCUUUUGCAUUAAAAUCUUUAAAUAUAAUUUGCAAACCAUAAUAUUCACCCUUUUAUUCGAUUCAGGGUUUUUAGUAUAUUUGAAAUGGUUUUCUGUAUCUUUUGAGAUCACAUGGUUUUUCUUCUAUUGUCUGUCACUCCAGUGAAUUAUACUGAGACUUUAUAACUUUCAUCCUAUAAAAUCACUUGGAUCAUAAGAAGCUCAAAUUUGGUCUUUAAUUGAGUCAAAGACAAAGGGCAAUAGACAGAUAAUGGUAAAGCACGCAUUCAAGAAGUGCUAACAAGAAAAAAAAGCCUUAAGUAAUUUACACCGUAGGAAAGAACUUCGAUAAUACAGGUCUUGUUAGCUGAUGGGCUUCUCUGCUUUGGAUGGCUGCUCCAGAAUUUCUAUGUAGAAUGCUUAAAGAAUGGAAUAUGAUCAAAGGUAAGGCUGGGGUCCUGGUUUCAAGCUUCAUGUGUAAAAUAAAUAUUCAAUUUCUUAGUUUUUGUGUUACAGAACAAUAAAAAUAGAAAACUUUUCUAGAAGUGUUUUUAUUCACAUUUUACAUAAGACUGAAAAAAUGUCAGUUGUCCAUAUAAAUGGGAACACUAAAGCACUACUCACCAUCACUACGCCCCAAGUCAUCACCAUCCCCAAAGUCGCUGCUCUGCUUGUUUUAUUACCUGUAACAUUAAGGUUCUGUUUCCUGUAGAGUCCAGAGAUAAGAUCUACAGGUUGCUUUUAGUUCUUGAGAGAAAGGGAACUAAGAAAGGUGCUCAUCAUAAGAACAUCACACAUUAAAAGAACAGUAGAUUGAGCUUCUGCCCUUAUAAGAGGAAAAAAGAACGGAAGACAUAUAUUCUUUUGAGACAAUUUGUUAAUGAGACUGAGCAAAAUGACAGAUUUUAAUUGUUUGCUUUCUAAGAUAAUGUCAAAUUUACUUGAAAAUCCGAUCUUUGAAAAGGUUUCUUGCAUGUUAAAUGUGGUGUAUUAAACUAAAGAAAAAAUUCAAAACCUUUUUUUUUUACAGAAUAAUAUAAAUGUUUAUUUUCCUUAUGAUUUACU